GAUGCACUAAGUUCAAUUUAUAAUCUAGUAUCCAUGUUUGGAGUGAACAUGAAUGAUACUAGUUCCGGGUCCUUCAUCAAAACCGAAGCUGGACUGGACAACACCGGAACCCUCCUGGACGAACCCACAAACGAAGGCCAACAGCUACUGGACACUUUCUGGCAGCGAUGUAUGGAAGAUUGUGUCAAUUUAAACCCAAACACUGAAUUCAAAGUACAAGAACUGCCUUUGGCCAGAAUCAAGAAAAUCAUGAAGCUGGACGAAGAUGUUAAAAUGAUUUCAGCCGAAGCUCCGAUUAUUUUUGCCAAAGCGUGUGAGCUGUUUGUAGCUGAAUUAACAACAAGGGCGUGGAUACACACAGAAGAAAGUAAAAGAAGAACUCUUCAGAAAACUGAUGUAGCUAUGGCAGUGUCCAAGUAUGACAUGUUUGACUUUUUGAUCGACAUCGUGCCUAGAGAUGAGAUAAAAGCAACACAGAAAACGAAAGGAACUAAUAUAACAGGAGGAGACCAAGUGCAAUAUCUGGUGCAGCUGCCUGCCUCUGCCUUGAAUGGAUCUAGUGGUGGACAGCCGAUCACUCUAAAUUUCGGAGGCCAACAAAUACUAAUCAACACUUCAGAAGAAGGGCAGAAUGGAACAAAUAAUGACGUCACUCAACUUGUCAACAACAACCAACAGCUGUUACAAAUCCCAAUGAGUCAAGUCAUGUACCAGAACAACUCAAAUGGCUCCUCUGAACUCGAAGAUUCAUCAGCGGGAGUUCAAAACCAGAUGCAGCAUAUGGGGUCAAGUCAGGACGGGGGUCAAGGUCAAAUGAUGAUGCAGACGCAAGGAGGCUCUACAAACUUUUACUGCCAAGAAGGCUCUGAUAUGUAGAAAGAAUAAUGCCUUCGGAUUGGUCUUGAAGUUAAAGUAGCGGAUUUGAAUGCUUCUCUGAAAAAAAAACAAGAUUUAUCCAAAAACUAAUAAUAUGACUCUACUUGGCUUGGAAUUCUAGCUAUA